GAGCUACCUCCUUGCAUGAAUGGUUUUCGGUAUACAUUUGACAAAUGUGCCCAAAAGAAAGUGACUAAAAUUCAACCUAAACAACGGCAGUAACGACAAGUACAAUCGUACGAUACAGUUGGAUCAAUGGGAAAAUUUUUUAUCAAAUCAGUGUACUGCAGAAUAAAAAAAGAUAACUGCACAAUUGCGAUAACAGUAAGUGCAAAAAUCUCAUGACUUGCAGCAACUUAACAAUAACUAAGAUACUUGUACUAAAAUACUUGCUAUUGGUCAAUUAAAAACAGAAAAGAUACACCUAGAAUCAAGAUUCGAUUUGCUCAGUCUAAUAAGGUGUAAAUUUGUAAACCCUCAAGAGAGAUUUAGCUGAAACUGAGUAAAACACAUCAUGCGAAUGGCAUAUCUCUAGAGAUGAGGCCUCUAGAAGUCAAACACAACGGUAUUCCUCAGCAAUACUAUGACGUUCACGAGCGUAUCGUUCAAUAUCUAGAACACCCUGAAUCCUUUCCCGCGAUGGGACAUGUGGUGAGCAACUACCCUUCUCGCUCUUUACCAACAGAGCCUAGUCAAAAAGCCCGAGACCUUGUCAUGCGAAUCAGCACCCCGCGACCGAUACACAGACAAAAUGACUCUUCAACAAGGCAGUUUGCGAACCCCUCUCAUUCGUUAGCACAAACAGCCGGAAAAGAGUGUGCCUCCUCGUUUGAUUUAGAGGAAGCCUAUAAUGCUAUGCUGCUUCGCGUUAAGGAAAGGCUAGAGAGGGAAACCAAUCGAACCGAUGCGCAAGACGACGAGAAGUCAUGCGUUUAAUAUCAAUGUUUAUUCAAAAAAUCAAGCGCAGGUGUGUUGUAUUAAAUUUUAAUCGUGAUGUGGUAUUAGUAUAUAUUUGCAACUAUUGGUUUCUAGUGUCAUGGCAAAAAGAAAAGGUAUACAUGUAGAUAUAUAUACCGUGUCAACAAAAAAUAAAACUUACCCCUCUUUCAUGCAUAACUAGUGG